CGUUAGAAGCCUCAUCCACUGUCUGUCUGCCCGCCACUAAACACUACCCUCCUCACAUCAACCCCUUCCCCACUACACUCGCUCAUCAUGCCUCAGAACGAGUACAUCGAGCGCUGGACGCAGCAGCACGGUCGCCGUCUCGACCACGAGGAGCGCAAGCGCAAGAAGACCGCGCGUGAAGCCCACAAGCAGUCGAAGGAUGCGCAGAAACUGCACGGUCUGCGGGCGAAGCUGUACGCCAAGAAGCGGCACGCCGAGAAGAUCCAGCUGCGGAAGACGCUCAAGGCGCACGAGCAGAAGUCGAUCAAGUCCUCUGCACCCUCAGAGCCCUCUUCGCAGCCGCUGCCCGCCUACUUGCUCGACCGUGAGCAGCCAAACACCGCAAAGGCGCUCAGUACCGCGAUCAAGCAGAAGCGACAGGAGAAGGCGGCAAAGUUCUCGGUGCCCCUGCCAAGGGUGAAGGGAAUCGCCGAGGAUGAGAUGUUCAAGGUGGUCAAGACUGGUGCGAAGACGAAGCAGAAGGGGUGGAAGAGGAUGAUCACCAAGCCGACGUUCGUCGGACCGGAUUUCACCAGACGGCCAGUCAAGUACGAGCGCUUCAUUCGGCCCAUGGGAAUGCGUUACAAGAAGGCGAAUGUCACUCACCCUGAGUUGGGCGUGACCGUUCAGCUGCCGAUUUUGAGCGUUAAGAAGAACCCUCAGAGCCCGAUGUACACCGCGCUUGGUGUGCUCACGAAGGGUACUAUCAUCGAGGUGAACGUCAGCGAGUUGGGAAUGGUCACGGCUGGUGGAAAGGUCGUCUGGGGAAGGUGGGCGCAGAUUACGAAUAAUACCGAGAACGAUGGUUGCGUCAAUGCGGUCUUGCUCGUUUGAUAUCUCUUCGAUUUCCGUUUUCAGCACUUGUUCGUUCGUUUUGCUCAGCUGGCACUGUCCGUUCACUUGACGGGCUAUAUAAAAAUAAAACGCUGGAGUUUGUGGGUUUUGUUUUUUGUUUUCAUCUAUAGUUCAUUGCAAAGAAAGACAUGUUUCCAUAUCAUAUUA